AUCAAAAUGCUGAUAAAUGGAGUUUAGAACUCAAUCAUGAAAUAAUAAUAAGACAGCUAUGUACUUCUAAAAUUUAUAUUGAAUCUAAUUAUUGUAUGUAACAUAGCUUACAACUGGGUUAAUCAAGUCAAUAAAAUGUCCUGUGAUGCGAUCCUGUCUUGGAAUGUAUUACUUUUGAGACGGGCAUCUGAGUCUUUUUCGAAAAUUAUUCACUAUUCUGCCUGCAAGCAACAGGUCUCAAGCAAAAAAUAUUUAUGUUCAAAUUGCUAUUCAAAUCUACCAGUAAAAUCUGUAGAAACUGCGCAAAGCUACAAACCCGCGCGCUUGGGACCAAGGCAUAUAUGUGUUACUUGCGACAUAACGAAAGCUCUUGUCCCUGUGGAUACUUCAAGGAAAGAUCCAUCCGAUAUCAACUUACACAGGAACUUGCUUUAUAAGAUAGUAAACAUGAAGAAAAUGUUCAGCUUAUAUUGGUCAGCUGCAAUAAGGAAAGUCACCAUGUGUACCAAAGUUCCCCCUGAACCUACUCAGAUAGGUGUCAACAAAUUAGAUGGGAUUGAUAUGACACCCGUCCGACCCAAAAGGAAAGAAAAUCCAUCACCACUAGAGAUACCCGAACCCAGUGUGCCAGGGGAGAAUUUACCAGGGUUUCCCAUCCCUGGGUUCCCAGAUGUGGCCAUUCCCAUAGUGCCAGAGCUCCCAGUGCCAGAUAUGCCAGAGAUCCCGGCACCAACGCCCCAGGUACCUGGUAAACCGAAGCCGAAACUGAAGCCUUUACCAGGACACCCGGUACCCACAUUACAAGAUACCCUCAGAGAAAGGUGGCCCCUGCCAUUUAUACGUGACUUGAUAAGACAAAGAUUCCCUAUACCUGCUUUCCAAGAUUCUCCUGUAACAUUAAUAUCUCCAUUCAUACAGAGUCCAUUAGAACGAAAUAAAAUAGUACAGAAUAUUAUGAGAUCCAACAUCCGGUAUUUAUCUACUCCCAAUCAGAACAGCAAUGGGAAAAUUGAAAUUUCUAAAGGAUUAAUUAUACCGCCAAUGGUUCAAGAUUUGUUGAAAAGAGAUAAGCUUUAUGUACCAAAAGACGAAAUAAUUUGCACACUUUCAAAAUUAUCUCCUGCCGAAAUCCAAGCAACUUAUCAUUUGAUAAAAAAACACAAACUGAAAAUAAACGACACUCAAGAAAUACCGAAUGAUUUUAUAUUUGGGAUGACAUAUGAACAAUUUCAACAAUUAUUAACUUUCGUAGCAAUAUCGAAAAAACAAGAAAAUCCGUCACAACUAUUAGGCAAUAAGUUAUACAUACCAAGUCAGCUGUUUAUUAACAACGCUAAGUUUUUGGUUCCAGUAAAAAAACAAGAAUAUUUUAAAGGUAUCUUUACAGGCCAAAUUCAGGUAAAAGAUCGAAAAUAUUUCAAACGUUUUUAAUAACAGUUGAUUUGGUUUGGUAGACGUCAUUGGAUAUCGGAACAAACCGUGAUUAUACAACUACAAGGGCCAAUUUCACCGACAGUCGUUUAUUGAAAUCGGUAGUUUUAACGACAACCUUGAAAUUAUGAAGUUGAAAAUUUCGUGAAAACUAAAAUUCUCCUAAAACGUGUUUAUCUUGUUGGUAAAAAUGGUCCUUAAUAUGUAAUGUUAACAAUACAAGUUUCCAAAGUUUUAAAUUGUAAGUUGCAAUAAAAGUUUUGAAUUUAA